AGAUGUAGUCCGGGGCCUCCCGGACUCCAAUUCCCAGCGGGCUUCGGGGCGGGAACCCGGAAGGGGAGGCUGGAGAGGAGCGAGUGGGGGAAACCCGCGUAGCCGAGGGAGCUGCAGCGCGGGGUGAUGUGCCCUUAUCUAUUGUGGGAAUAACAUGCCACUGAGAAGAGAGGAGUCUUCGUAAGAUCGUCCUCCUGGCUCAGGGGUGAGGUGAUCCUGCUGCUCCGUUUCCCCCGCGGGAAAUCUCUCCCUCCAGGCUUCCCUACCAAAGCUAGGCACUUUCAGAUCUUUCUGCCCCCUUCCUUUCCUCCGGACCUGGAGUCUCAAUCCCUGAACUGCUUGGCCCUUUAAAUCUCAGCUGUCAAUCAGGGCUCCUGUUUAGAGGAAACGUCGUAAUAAACCUUUCCUUGAUUGUCAUGGCUUGGGUCCUGGCCUCGUUCUUCCGUUUAGCAGGAAGUUAGGAAUUGUUCCACACUCUCUUUCACUUGACUGUUUCCACACCCCGUUCAUCACCUCUCGCCUACUCCACCCUCUUUCGAAGUUGGGCCCCUUCGCCAAGGCCUGCCUUAUAUGGGCAUGGCUCCGAAUGGCCGCCGCUCAUUGGCUGGGACCAUCACGCGCACGUCUGUCAACAAAGGGGCGGAGGGAAACCAGUUAGGUGCCGUGCAGGCAAGACAGCUGGAGGGAAGGAGCGAGGGGGCGGGCCCUCUUCUCUUGCGCACGCGUGGGUGCCUCCUUCUCCCCGCAGGGGGCGCGGCGCGCUGGUGGGGCGCUUUGAGGGGGCGUGUCUAGGUUUCGAGAGUAGCCUUAGAGGUUGGCGAAUUCCAGGGAAGCUGUAAUAGGAGGGAGUGGGGACAUUUUUCGUGGGUAUGGGGAUACUUUGGGAUUCUCUUGAGUUUAGGUGGCGCCUUGGGAUUUGAGUUUGGGUUCCGAUGUACUGUGGAAGAUUCGAAAGUAUUGUAGGGAAUCGCCCAUGUGGUUUGGGAUGUUUGAUGGGUAUAGGAUUUGGGGAGCCACGGAGAGACUUAGAAGCAGAGUCCCAUGUCUGGACCCAGAAUGCAUGCGCUUUCGGCUCUCCCGACUUCCUCCCUGUCUGGCUCCGGACAGGGAUUUAACCUUUCUGCCCCUCAUCUGGACUCGGACAAAUAACACUCCCUGCUUCCUUGGGAGGAGUGAGGAUUAGCAGGAGUUGUUAAAACAGUACCCAGUAAGCGAGCGUGCCAUAAGCUCAUGUCUGCAUAUUAACAUUUGGUGAGGUUUCUUUGGGAGUAUUUUGGAGGUUCUUUUGACUUUGAGAAAUAAAUGGUUUGGUAUUAGUUUUAUGUGUGAGGGAGCAUUGAUGUUUUAGUUAAGUUUUGCGGUCGGGGGGCCUUCUGUGGGAUUAGGUAAUGCAUGUGGAGGUUUAGAGAGAGUUUGAGCUAAGUAUAGAAUUUCAGGAAACUGGUCUUUUGGGUCAUCUGUGAGGUUGGGAAAUUGCUGUGUGUGUUGGAGUUCUUGGUAGGCAUGGGAUUUGUGUGGGUCUACAUUGAGAUUGAGGCUUUCUGAGCUGGAGGGGAUAUUUUUAGGUUUGGAAGUUGAAGAUUUUGAGAGGGUCUGGAUGUUUUGGGUUAGGAUAUAUUUGCAUCUGUAGAGAAUGAGUGGCUUUUGCUGUGGUAGUUUCUAUUCCUGGACAUUUUAUUUAUUUAUAAUUUUGUUUAUUUACUUUGGGCUGUGCUGGGUCAUCAUCGCUGUGCAGGCCCUUCUCCGGUUGCAGCAAGCAGGGGCCAUUCUUGCUGCGGUGCACAGGCUCCAGGGCACACGGACUCAGUAGUUAUGGCUCUCUGGCUCUGGAGCACAGGCUCAAAGUUGUGGUGCAUAGGCUUCCUUGUUCCGAGACAUGGGGGAUCUUCUCAGAUCAGAAAUCAAACCCGUGUCUCCUGCAUUGGCAGGUAGAUUCUAGAUUCUUUACCAUCAAGCCACCAAGGAAACCCUGUUCCUGGACAUUUUAGAUGUGUUGGUUGUUGGUAAACUUAGCCAUCUAUAGGUUUUAGGGGCUGUGUUUUUUUUUUUUUUGUUUGUUUUUGUUUUGUUUUGUUUUGUUUUAAGCAAGAAAGAGAUUUCAGCAGGGGCUGUGUUAGGAGUAGUAGGUGGGAUUGGGAAUUAUGGGGGGCAAGGAUUCUUAGGAUUAAGAGUGGUGUCUGUGAGUGCUUGGAGGUGCUUGCAGCCUGUCUAGAUCUUAAAGCUAUAGGGCCACGAAAUAAAUGGUGAUUUAGUGGUUGUGGUAUUGCCUGAAUUUAGAGGAACCAUAUAUACUGCAGAGGUCAGCAAACUUUUUCCAUAAAGGGCCAGAUAAUGAGUAUUUUAGGCUUUGCAGGCCAUAUGUUUUCUGUCACCUCUACUCAACUCUGCUGUGGUAGCAUAAAAGUAGUCAUGAACAAAGGAACAUGUUUCGAUAAAAUUUUAUUUGCAGAGACAGGCAAUGGGCUGGAUUUGGCCCGUGGCUCAAAAUAGUACAACCAGGAGUCAGCAAACAACUUUCACUGGUCUGUAAGCAUGUGGAAGUUCCGACAUUUGAAGAGUGUCUUGGUUUCAAGAUAUCUGGAGGGAGAUGGCCCAGGGAAAGACUGAGGAUUUGAGACUGUUAGUUCUGCAGUAGAACAUAGUUGGGUCAGGCUCAUUAGCAAGACUGCCUCCAGAUUAGGUCAUGCACACAAAGUCAUUGCAAAAUAAAAUGGUCACUAUUACAAGCCCUAAAUUGAGAAAUCUGGAAACCAAGUUUGAGGGCCUGGUUUUGCAAUAUAUAAACCUUCCCCACUCUGAGCCUCAAAUUCAGCAAGUUGGGAGCAACUUGAAGAAGCUAGACUAGAAAGCCCUUCUCAUGCCAGGGGUCUACGUUUCUGCUUAAAGGAAUUACCUGCAGUCUUGGGGCAAGUGUGUGCAUUUUCCUGGGUCCGAAGAAGUUGAGGUCAGAGAGGAGCUGACAGGGCCGGCUGUUCCCCAGCUUCCCCACCCCCUCUUCCGUGUCUCCAGGUGACCUGUGGAGCCCCCCACCGCCAUCCAGGCCCUGCGAUGUGGUGAACCCCCGCCUGUCUGCCACCAUCCCCAGAAUGGACCGAAGUGGCCUUCUGCCCUUCCAGCUCUGGUGCCCUCGGCCCUUUGGCACCUACUCCCAGAACCAGCCACGCCCCCCUUCUGCAGCCCUCAAGCCCUCAGCCUGCUCCGAGCCCGGCAAUGGGGUGGAGCCAGAACAUGGCCCUGCCCACUCUGAGAACACGCCCCCGGUCUUGGCCUCCGAUGCUCCUGCCUCCCAGCCUGCCCCGCUCCUUUCCGCAGCGGCUGCUGGCGACGAGGGUCGAGUCCUGCUGGACACAUGGUAUGUGAUCAAGCCGGGGAAUACAAAGGAGAAGGUGGCCUUCUUUGUGGCCCACCAGUGUGGUGGGGGCAGUCGGGCCAGCUCCAUGAAGGUCAAGGGGCACUGGGGCAGUGACAGCUCCAAGGCCAAGCGGAGGAGGCGCUGUCUUGAGUCUACGAAGGCUCCGCCCGACCCAGGGGGACAGGACGGGCCCCCUGCCGCAGAGGGGGCCCCAACCUCCACCGGCGAGGAUGUGGACCUGCUCUCUGUGGCCGAGAUGGUGGCCCUGGUGGAACAGCGGGCCGCCCUGGCCCUGCAGAGCUACCCGCGCCCCAGCACCCCAGCGCCUGUGGUCUUCGUGUCAGCUGAGCAAGGUGGGCCUGGCAAGGGGCUGGGAUCCGAACGAAGGUCUAGCGGCGGGGACUGCAGCCGUGUAGCCGAGGCAGUGGCCCACUUUGAGGCCCAGCGGGACAACCCUCCGGCCAAGGGUCUCCGCAAGGAGGAGCGGCCUGGGCCAGGCCCCGGGGAGGUGCGCAUCGCCUUCCGGAUCUCCAACGGCAGAGAGUCCCGAGCACCGGAUGGCAGCUUACCUAACGGGAGCGGGGGCCGGCCAGGUUGCGCCUACCCUGGCAGCCCAGGUCCCGGAGCCCGGGCCAAGGACAAGAUCACCUGCGACCUAUACCAGCUCAUCAGCCCCUCUAGGGACGCCCUCCCCAGCAACGUGGAGUUCCUGCUGGCUAGGGCAGACGAAGCCAGUGAGGGCGAGACCCCCGCCCCCGCCAGGCCCGAGGACACUCCCCCGGCACCCCCGCCACCCCCUGCCCGGGACUGCGGAGCGUCAGGCUUCCACGUGGAUGUGGUGGUCACAGGAGUGGUGGACGAGUGCAUCUUCUUUGGCAAGGACAGCACCAAAAACGUGAAAGAGGAGACGGUGUGCCUGACUGUCAGCCCCGAGGAGCCACCCCCGCCAGGCCAGCUCUUUUUCCUCCAGUCCCGGGGGCCGGACGGGCCCCCUGAGCCCCCGCCAGCCGACUCACCGGCCACAGCGCCAGGCCCGGACGAUGCCGAGGGGACGGCUGACACCUCCCUGUGCCGCCUGUACCGGCACGUGUCGCACGACUUCCUGGAGAUCCGUUUCAAGAUCCAGCGGUUGUUGGAGCCGCGGCAGUACAUGCUGGUGCUCCCAGAGCACGUGCUGGUCAAGAUCUUCAGCUUCCUGCCCACGCGGGCCCUGGCGGCUCUCAAGUGCACCUGCCACCACUUCAAGGGCAUCAUUGAGGCAUUUGGCGUGCGGGCCACAGACUCGCGCUGGAGCCGCGACCCACUCUACCGCGAUGACCCUUGCAAGCAGUGCCGCAAGAGAUACGAGAAGGGCGACGUGUCGCUCUGCCGCUGGCACCCCAAGCCCUACCACCACGACCUGCCUUACGGACGUUCCUACUGGAUGUGCUGCCGCCGAGCCGAUCGCGAGACCCCCGGCUGCCGCCUGGGUCUGCAUGACAACAACUGGGUGCUGCCCUGCAACGGGCCGGGCGCUGGUGGGGGCCGGGCUGGCCGCGAGGAGGGGAGGUGAAGCCGGGGGAGGGGGUGGGGAAGAGCCCACCACGCCCACCCCCAUCCCCUCCCCCUGGGAGCCGAGGGUCAGGACUGGGUCACCAGCCCAUACCCCCAACCCAGGCAGCAUGGAUCCACCUCCAGAACUAAGAUGGGGUUCAUGGGGGUGACCAAGAAAGCACUCCGAUUGACCCCUACUGGUUUUCUACUCUUCAGAUCCUCAAGUUGGGUGUUUUUUUUAAUCAGCAUCUCAA